AUGGCAACAGCAUCAUCAAGCAGGGACAGAACUGUGGAUGAAGCCGCAGACACAACAAAGAUAACUACACUCGGCUUAUUUGCCACUUCUGAGAUGUCUUCUCGUCCAAACACUGCUACUGCUAAUCUUUACAUCCCUUUACUUGUAUCAGCAAGAGCAUCCACAACAACCCAUUCCCCUUCACCAGAUCCAUCGCUAAAAGACUCCAGUGCCACCACUACAUCGGAUGAUGUGUCUAAAACUUCCACUGCUGUGACAAAACAGAUAGCUAAACCUACACUGGAUUUGCGAUCUCACAACUCUAAAGGUCAGCGGUCAUCAGUAAGGCCGUUUUUCUGUUGUGGCAGUGAGUUAUCCUUGGUGAGUUUAGUGGAGGGGAUGGAUAUAAAAGACAACUGCUCCAGAGGUAAAAAUCUUGAAGUUAGUUGCAACAGCGUUUCUGCGGAAGAUGAGUGUGUGUCAUAUAAUAGUUUAUCUAGAAAAGGCUCCCCUAGCAAUGCAGCUCAUUGCAGUAGUGAGAGCCGUCAUGCAUUGGUGAGAAGGAAGCUGAAGGAGAAACAUGGUGCCAAGAAGAAAUCAUGGGGUUUGCAUUUUAGGAGGCGAUGGAACCCAAGGUGGAGAGUAUCUCAGCCCCAACAUUCUUCUAGUCAUAGGUUUGACCGGUCGAGUCAUAUCACAUCAGGGACAUACCAAAGAUCAGGCUCACCUGGGUUAAAUCAGAUGUCUUUGCGACAGAGAUCUCUUUCAAGCAGUAGCCAGUUCAUUGAUCUGUCUCACUUGCAAGAUUUUGACAGACUUUAUCCAGUAAGUGAUGUAGAUACAGUGAGAAUCAAAGAUAGAACUGAGGAAAUGAGAGCUGGGAUUGAAAUAGAUUCUCUUUCACUCUCUCGAUCAUAUCGGCCACUUCAACAGGCUUCAAAUUCUGUCUUUGAUAUGCUGCAGCACAGUUCACUUGGAUCCUUCAGUUCUGACUCAGCCCUGCCAUCACCCGAGACCCCCACACAUGAUUUUUCUGGACUGAUCAACAGUGUCCUCCUGCAGUGGCAAGGAUCAAGAAACAGUUCUUCCAGCAAUGUAGGGCUUUCAGGAUCACCUCGCAUUCACACUCAGGUAGACUUUAUUCAUUGCUUGGUACCAGAUCUAGUCAGAAUUUUAAACUGCCCUUUCUACUGGGGAGUAAUGGAUCGGUACGAGGCUGAACGGCUGCUUGAUAGCAAACCAGAGGGAACUUUUCUUCUGCGAGAUAGUGCACAAGAGGAUUUUCUUUUUUCAGUCAGCUUUAGAAGGUAUAAUAGAUCAUUACAUGCGCGUGUAGAGCAGUGGAAUCAUAGAUUCAGCUUUGAUGCCCAUGAUAGCACAGUGUUUUCAGCACCAACUGUCUGUGACCUUAUGGAACAUUACAAGGAUCCUUGCUGCUGCAUGUUUUUUGAACCGAUGUUGACGAGACCAUUGCCUCGCAACUUUCCAUUUUCUUUGCAACAUAUCUGUAGAGCUGUAAUCUGUGACCACAUUGUCUAUGACCAGAUUCGAAGUUUGCCUCUUCCGAACAGCCUGAAACAAUUCCUGCAAAUUUACCAUUACAAGCAGAAAGUUCGAGUUCGCCGAUUUGAUGGGCCAGACGUCACAUUCUUUAUCUUGCCAGGAAUCAGUUUCACAGCAGACAGCUUCUGUAUAUACAAGGUCCGACAAUUAAGUAAUGAGACUGACUGUAUUAUGGCAAAGACAAAAAUACCAUCUUUGAAGCAAAGCAUGGAAUCUAAAGAGGCAACUUUAAUCUAUGACCUGGCAACUUUUUCUCACCGCUCGAUAAGCAGACAACAAACAAGCGACCAUUUUGUUUACCUAGUCAGAGAUGCAUUGUUAUGUAAUCAACACAGAGCAAAAAGCUAA